CCCAAAACCGACUUUACUAACCGUAACAGAAACCUAACUAGAUCAUACUGAACAGAAGUCUUCCGUUAAUUCCUACUACACUUGCAAUGUCAGGACAUUAAAAUGGCGAACCCUAGAUUCCAGCCACGUGUCCUGAACAGAAACAACGAAGAUGGGGGCAAUUGCUUGGAGUUCUCUGUUGCCUCUUAUCAUAGUCUCGUCUCUGAUUAUGUACGAAGAGUGGGUUUCAACUCCCUCUUGCAAAAUCAUACCUGGACCUGAUCCCCAUGAAAACGAAUUGGGUCGGGGCACCGAGGAGUUGAAAGUAAUGCUUGUUGGUAAUUUGUUAUUGUUGGGGUCCGAAGCUGGUUAUUUGAACCGUUAUUUUAGAGAUUAUUACAUGGCCAAAUUCUUCAGGAAAUCUUUUCACAGUGUGAACCCUGAUAUGCUACUAGUAUUGGGAGAUGUUUCUGCCAAAGGGUCAGAAUUGACGAGAAGUCAUUGGUUACCAGUGUUCAAUCAAUUUGAUCAAAUGUUGGGACCCUUUCUUGGCCUUCCUUUUCAUGUUACUUUGGGUGAUAGGGAUGUAGGAGAAUGCAGUGGGCUUAAUCCAAAGUCUGUUAAUUGGAUAGCUGGGAAUUUGCCUGGUUUGGAUUCAGCCGGUUGUGGUGCAUUUGAAAUUAGAAAUGUCAGCUUUGUUUCGCUAAAUGCUGUAGCACUUCUCUGUGGUAACAAUAAACUAAGGUUUAGUGUUGAAAAGGUCAUAGAGAGGGAGAGAAUAGAUCCAAGAAUGGAUGAAGAAGGCACUGCUGAAGCAAUUAAUUAUUCUGGUAAAUUCAGUGAGACAUACAAUGACUUUGCUGGGAGAGAAAAUGAUAUGCCAUCCGGUUCUGGUCCUGUGCUGUUACUCCAUUUUCCCUUGGACAGGAGAGAUGACAGCAAGUGUUCACCGGAGAGUUCAAAUACCCGUGAGAGCAGGGGGUUCUUAGGGCCUGGGCCUUAUGAUUUAUCGCACACAGUUCCCCCCAAUGCUACCGAAUACAUUUUCCAAUCUAUCAAGCCAAGCAUCAUUUUCAGUGCACACACCCAUGAAUUUUGUGAUCACACUCACCCAGAUGGAACUCGUGAAGUAACUGUUUCAGCCAUGACAUGGAAGGCAAGGGAUGACCCAGGUUUUGUUGUUGCCACCUUCCAUGGGAAUAGAAGAGGAGUAAGUGUUACCUAUUGCUCUCUUGCUAGGGAAUCUCAUAUACUAUUAGCCUAUGCUUCUGUUCUGGUUCUGUUAUCGUCAUUUGUACUUGUAGCAAAUAUACCUCAAUGGCGAAGUUUAAAUGACUAAUUCAAAUAUGACACCAAUUCAUCUCUUUU